AUGCGCAUACUGCAUCUCGAAGGAUGGUACUGUGUGCCCUCAGAGUAUUGCCUCAAGUUGGAGCGUCAGCCGUGCGUUUCAAGACUGUUUCUGGAGGCCGGCCGGGGGCGGGGCUCCGCGGCCAUCGCUGCCUGCGCGGUUGCUGACCCUCGCCCGCUCCCCGCCCUCCCGGGCCGAGUGGAGCUGGGCGGCGUCGGCGGCGCAGCCUGGGGGCCCCGCGGCUUCAGGGGCUGGGCCUGCAGCGCAGCGCAGUGUCAGGCGCCGCGACAGCGCCGUGAGGCUGAGGCCGCGGCCGUGGCGCUGGGCGGCGGCGGCUCCGGGCCGGGCCCGCUCGUGGUGCCGCCACGACGCCGUCGCGGGGCGGGAAGGCCAGGUGCGCUGAGUUCUUCACCUCCUUGUAGACUCAGAUUUGCCAAGUUUUCAGGCAUUGCUCUUGAAGAUCUCAGAAAGGCCCUUCAAGUCAGACUGCAGAUGGUGUGUGUCUUUAUCAUGAACCGAAUGAAUUCCCGGAGCAGUGGUUUCACUCAGCGCAGGCGAAUGGUUCUGGGGAUCGUUGUUCUCCUACUUGUUGAUGUGAUAUGGGUAGCAUCCUCAGAACUUACUUCGUAUGUUUUCACUCGGUACAACAAACCAUUCUUCAGCACCUUUGCAGAAACAUCUAUGUUUGUUCUCUACCUUUUGGGCUUUAUUAUUUGGAAGCCAUGGAGACAACAGUGUACAAGAGGAUUUCGAGGAAAGCAUGCUACUUUUUUUGCAGAUACUGAAGGUUACUUUGCUACUUGCACAACAGAUACAACUAUGAAUAGUUCUUUGAGUGAACCUCUGUAUGUUCCUGUGAAAUUUCAUGAUCUUCCAAGUGAAAAACUGGAGAACACAAACAUGGAUGCUGAAAAAACUCCCAAAAAAUCUCUUGUAAGGUUCAGUAAUAUCAUGGAGAUUCGACAGCUUCCUUCAAGCCAUGCAUCGGAAGCUAAGUUGUCUCGCAUGUCAUAUCCUACUCUGAAAGAACAAGACUCCUUACUAAGAACUGUGGGGAAACUUACUGCAACUCAAGUAGCAAAAAUUAGCUUUUUUUUUUUGCUUUGUGGUUUUUGGCAAAUUUCUCAUAUCAAGAAGCACUUGCGGACACACAAGUUGCUAUAGUUAAUAUUUUGUCCUCAACUUCUGGACUUUUUACCUUAAUCCUUGCUGCAUUGUUUCCAAGUAACAGUGGAGAUAGAUUUACUCUUUCUAAACUAUUAGCUGUAAUUUUAAGGUUUUGUAGGUCUGUUUAAUCUACUGCUCUU